UUUCUUUUUCUUUUUUCCUUGUUUGUACAGCAAUAAAAAAAAAUGAAUCUGUCCAAAGUACCACAUAGCAUACACGAUGCACCAGGGUUAUUAUACGCAGGCUUUAAUCAGGACUAUGGCUGUUUUGCUAUUGGACUAGAUAACGGCUUUCGAGUAUAUAACUGCGACCCCUUGACAGAGCAUUCCCGUAAUGAGUCAGAGGAAGGAGGAGUUGCAAUUGUCGAAAUGUUGUAUCGCACCAACUACUUGGCACUUGUAGGUGGGGGAAAAAACCCACGAUAUGCACCCAAUAAAGUGAUUGUCUAUGACAGUAAAAAUACAAAGCCAGUGAUAGAGUUAGAAUAUAAAGCAGAAGUGAAAAAUGUAAAACUGAGAAAGGAUAGAUUGACAGUUGUGCUUCAAAAUAAAGUAUUUGUCUACCAUUUCAGUAUUCCACCAAGACUACUGCACACUUUCGAGACAUGCGAUAAUGAUAAAGGUCUUGCUGCAAUAUCAACAUUACCUGAUCAUGCAAUACUAACGAUACCUGGUAAACAAAAGGGCCAUGUGCAGGUUAUUGAUUUGAAUACCCUUGGAUACUAUACUUCGGCCGAAAACGAACAGUUACCGCCAUUAUUAGCACAACAGCACACAAAUGGAACAAAUACACGUACCUCGGUCAACGUGAGCAUCAUACCCGCCCAUUCUGGUAGACUAAGUUGUUUAUCACUAAAUCAAGACGGCACACGGUGUGCAACGAGUAGCGACAAGGGCACACUGAUUAGAGUAUUCGACACAUCCACCGGGACUUUACUACAUGAACUUCGACGAGGGGUUGAUCGAGCAGAAAUUUACUGUAUUGCUUUUAAUUCCGAAUCCACUCGUCUUUGUGUUUCGUCAGAUAAAGGCACGAUCCAUGUCUUCAAUCUGGAUCCUUCUGUUGUCACAGCAGCAGAUCACAAACCACGAGGACCAACUUAUGGACAAGUACCCGUUAGCCCCACACAUUCACCCAGUCACUAUGGUUUGACACUCUCUGGUAAUCGUGGAAGCGCGCUGAGCUUUAUGAAGGAUAUCCUACCGAAAUACUUUAGCUCAGAAUGGAGCUUUGCUAAUGCAAAACUUGCAACCGAGAGCCGAUGUUUGGCAAGCUUUGGUCAUCAAAAGAAUACAAUCAUUGCAAUCUGUGCAGACGGUGGCUGUUAUAAAUUCUCUUUUGAUCCAAAGAAAGGCGGUGAAUGUAACCGAGAGUCGUUUGAGAGGUUUUUAAAGCAAGAAUAAAGGGAUAGAUUUAUUCUCUUCUUCAAAUUACCUUUUUUCUUUUCAGAAAGUAAAGUCGUAU